AUUCGAAUUAUGGAUGUCGUCGGCAGCCCAGGCCGAACCAAACAUUUCAACCUUCAAAUCAUAUAAAGGUCAGCGACAUCUAUGAUCAUAUACUCAAUUUUGGAUUCGACAAAUCUCAUCAUAAGCAUCGCCGUCUUCAGUUUCAGUUUUCAAAAGUUAAUUUAUACUUCUAAAAUGUGGACCACAACCGGACUUCUCCUCGCUUUCGCGCUCACAACCCGUUCGACCAGGGCUAGCCCAAUUGCUUCGGACCGUUGGUUUCAAGAACCGGACAGUGCAGCAGCCAAGCUGUUUGCUCGUGGACCUUCAGACAGCUAUCCUGAUGGAUACAGCACACCGCCUACUUCUUCCACCCCUCAAGCAUGGACGGAUCGUCUAGCCCAGGUCGUUGCUUCCGACUCUUUCCCUAAUUACGGUCCUCGAGCUUCGGAGACUGCUCCGUGGUAUGCAUCGGAUGGCACGGUCCUCCAAAGCAACGACCCCAGCGUCUGUCUGUUCACUUCGGGCUGUGAGAACCCUCUCGAUAUCAUGUACGCCGGCGAAGGCAACAUCGGAGUCACCUUCGACGACGGCCCUUCAGAUGCCAGUCCGUCAUUAUACGACUUUUUGGCAGAGAACAAGAUCUCCGAUGUCGGUACCCAUUUCGUCAUCGGUUCGAACGUUCUCUCUUACCCGGACCAGUUCGCACAACUCGUUGAGAGCGGCGGACACGUUGCCGUUCACACCUGGUCUCAUCCUUACAUGACUACGAUGAGCAACGAGGAGAUCGUUGCCGAGCUAGGGUGGACCAUGCAGAUCAUCUAUGACCAGAACGGCGGAAAGGUCCCCAAGUACUGGCGACCCCCUUACGGCGAUCUUGACAACCGUGUCCGAAUGAUCGCCCUCGAAGUGUUUGGCCUGGUCAGCGUUGUCUGGAACGCAGACUCUCGCGACUGGUCCAUGUCGGAUGGGACCCCUAAAUCGACGAUCGUCCAGACCAUCAGCGACUACCUCACCGGCGACAAGUCCAACGGCCUGAUCUUCUUGGAACACGAGUUGAACCAGGACGAUGUGGACAUGUUCAUCCAGAUGUACCCUAGCAUGAUCUCCAACGGAUGGAAGCUCGCCAAUAUUCCCGAUACCGUCGGUGAGGACUGGUACCAAAAUGCCAAGGACAACUCUUCCUCGCCUUCGCCUCACAGUCUCAUCCAGACCGCCCCGGUCGCCGCACCCACUCUCUAUCAAGAUGCGGCUCCUACUACUUCUUUGACUUCGUCAUCCGCUGCCUCUUCUACCGCCUCGACCAGCAAUGCGACCACCCAGUCGAGCGCUUCUUCCACCCACGCUUCAUCAGCCUCGACUACCCCGGCUAGCUCAAGCGUUGUCAUCACUAGCACGAGCACGGUCGCCCCUACUUCGCAGACCAGCGUUGCUCCUCAACCGCAGAGGAACACCUCCAACUCCGGAAUGGGGAUCACCAUUCCUUCCGGCUUUUCACUGCUCAUCAGCACAGCCGGACUACUCUGGCUCAUCAUCGUAUAAUAAAGGGGACCUUUAUAGAUGUGCACCGCCGGCCCUUUCUCGUUUUUCAUAAUCACGGACACUGUUUCCAUAAUACACCGAGCCCCCUUCGUUUCCCCGCAUAAUCGUUAAUCGCCAUCGUCUUGGCGUUGUUUAUCAGCAUAAUUUUGUAUAGACUAUAGUACUAGCAUUGAGCGUCGGUCAUGAGCAUGAACAUGAGUAUGAGCAUGAGUUUGAGUAGGA